AACAACAAAAGUCACACACACACACACACACAAGUUGGUUUUGCUCCUUAUUUCUUCUCUCUCACCCUUGCUACUUGAAAGUUCCUUCAUAUAGAUCAAUUCAGACCCCAUUGAAUAUUAGAUCAUACACUCUUUCAAUUCUCAUUGAACUCUCUCUUAUGUCUAUUUAGGGUUUCUCUUUCUACCCCCAAAUCAAUCCCUGACCCCUCUUUGCUCUCUGUUCCAUAUUUUAUUUCUGCAAAGUUUGAAACUUUGUGUUGCAAAGAUGAGCGGUGGCGGGUUUAGGGCUUCAAUUCCGAACAGUGUGAAGAAGACGAUCCAGAACAUCAAAGAGAUCACAGGCAAUCACAGUGAUGAAGACAUCUAUGCAAUGCUUAAGGAAUGUUCUAUGGAUCCCAACGAGACCACGCAGAAGCUCCUCCUUCAGGACACAUUUCACGAGGUCAAAAGAAAGAAGGACAAAAGAAAGGAGAACCUUAACAGCAGAGAAUCUGUAGAGCCACGUGGGAGGCCUGGCAAUCAAGGUCGGGGGCCUCGGGGUGGUCGGGGGAAUUUUUCACCUCAUAAUGUAGCACAUGAUGCUGGUGGGAGCAAGAGUUCUGUUACAGGAAAAGAUAAUGGAGCCCAUCAAGUCAGUGAGAAAGUUGUGCCACCUUUGCCAGCUUCUCAAGAGAUAAUUUCUAAAGGAAAAAGUUCUGGAACAAGCUCUGCAUCCAUUAUUGCCAAUGGUCCUACAAUUGUAGCGUCUGGAACUGCGGGUGGUGCGAGUCGUUCCGCUUCAUCUGCUGGAAGUGGAGACAGAACUGGUCCAUCUUCUGGUGAUAAUAAUAAUUCGAGCAAUGCUUUACCUUCUGAUAGUUCAAUUAAAGGAGCAAGAGUUGCUUCUGGAAGUGGAUCAGUGCUUUCCUCCAGUGACUACACAGGGUCUGGACCAGUAUCUUCACCGGCUGUCCAUUUCUCUUCUUCAGACCCAGUGCUGGUUCCAUCUGAAGAUUUACGGCUUCCUGGUGCUGUUGGUGCAAUUAGACGCGAAGUGGGAAGCCAGCCUGUUGGAGAUUUAAAUGCUGUUAAAUCUGCCGGUAACAAAUCAACUGCUGCUUCUGAGACUGGUAGCUCUUCUGUGCAAGGAAAGAUUCAAGGGAAAUCUCAAGGAGUGGCAAAGAAUCACAUUACUGAGACUGCACCCACUUCAUCAACAGUAACUCUUGCGAGUCCUUCAGCUAGUCGACCUUCCUCUAAUUACAGUAGCCGGUCGCAACAAUCAAUUGGCCCUCAGAAAGCUGGUUCUAAUAAGGAGUGGAAACCAAAGCCAAUACAUACAUUUAACCAGAAUUCUGGUCCAGCUGCUGCAUCUGAGGCUCCUGUUUCAGUUGAGGCUCCUGUUUCAGUUGAAGUAACUGACAAGUUACAUUCUGCGUCUAGUUUUGUUGACACUGAAAAAGCUACUUCAACACUGCAGAGGAAAUUGGAGGAUUUUCAUCUUCCACAGCGUCAACAUGUUAUACUUCCUAAUCAUAUCAUUGUCCCUGAUUCUGAGAAAAUCAAGUUUAGCUUCGGAAGUUUGGGAGUUACUUUUGGAGUUAAUACAGGCUAUGUUAGUGGCCCAGAGAGCUCAAAGAGUUCUACACCUCCUUCCGAAACAUCUCAGGGCUUUGAAGAAACUAUGGAAGAGCAGGACUCAAGCAGUCAAAAUGCCGCUGUUACUUCUGAGGUGGGAGAUUAUCCUGAGCAUCCACAAUCACCCACUAACACACCAGAGAAUAUAGAAGCCAACGAGGUUGAUGGCUCAUCCAGACCUAUUGAGGAUUAUAACGUGUCCAAGCAAGAGACUGCUUUGCCGUCUGAAGGUCAUCAGAACUCUGGGGUGCACACUUCUCAAAACUACGGUUAUGGUUUUGUGCCCCCAGUGUUGGGUACUCAGCUCUCACCAUUUGACAAUUCUGAGCCUCAAACACGCGAUAUAUCUCGACUUCCAAGCUUUAUUGUCCAUCAACAAUUGGAUCCAGCUAGCUAUUAUGCACAGUAUUACCGCUCAGGUGCUGAUAGUGAUGGUCGUGUUUCUCCUUUUCCUUCUGCUGGGGCUAGCACCAAGUACAAUGGCAACGCUGGUGUCCUACCUUCCCCAAACUCUCAGUCUCCUCAAGAGGGAGGUGUCUUAUCCACUGGAGGCCCAACACCACUCGUGACACAACCUGCUGGGCUGAUGCAGAGCUCAAUAGCCGUUACUCAGCAGCCGGUCCCUGUCUUCCGACCAGGCGGGGUUCAUAUAUCCCCGUAUCCACCUAACUACAUUCCUUACGGUCACUAUUUUUCACCAUUUUACGUCCCACCUCCCGCGAUUCACCAAUUUUUGGGCAAUGGUGCAUUUCCUCCACAACCUCAAGCCAGCAGUGUAUACCCACCUCCCCCAGCUGUUGCUGCCCCAGGAAUGAAGUAUCCUCUUCCACAAUUCAAACCCGGAUCUAAUGCAGCAAACCCAACUCACCUUCUUAUGCCAAAUCCUUAUGGAGUAUAUGGCUCCUCUCCAGCUGGUUAUAAUCAUAAUUCUGCAGCAAAUGCGGGGAACUCGACCUCAAAUGAGGAUCUCGGUUCUUCCCUGUUCAAGGAAAGUAAUGGAUACAUCAGCGGGCAGCAGAGCGAAGGUUCAGCCGUAUGGGUGGCUGCACCGGGCCGAGACAUUAACAGUUUGCCCACGAGUUCAUUCUACAACCUUCCACCUCAGGGUCAGCACGUGACUUUUGCCCCGACUCAGCCUGGCCACGACACUUUUGCUGGCAUGUAUCACCCCGCACAAGCUGUGACAGCUGCGGCAGUUCAUCCGCUGCUACAACAAUCCCAGACAAUGGCCGGAGCAGUUGAUAUGGUAGGACCUGGAGGAAAUGUUUAUCAGCAGCAGCCUCAGCAUGCACAGAUCAAUUGGCCUAGCAACUACUGAGUCCUGACAGUGAUGUUAGAUAAUUAAGUCCUAUCUGGGGGAAUUUUUUUUGGGAAAUGCCAAAAUAUGGUUGAGUUUCCAUGAGGAGAGCAUGGCAAUUGGCUACGUUUUAGUGUUGGAAGCUGCAAGAUUUGCCAAUAUAAUCUUCUGAUUGCUCGCGAGGACAUGAAAGGUAGGGCACCUGUAACAGAUAUUGACCGUUAAAGUUAGACAAGGUAGAAACAUAUGCAGGCCUUCUCUUUUUCACUCCUGCUAGUUUGUGUUACCAUAAAUAUCUUUUCAUAGCUCCAAGCUUUAGCCCUCCUUUUCUUUUGUUUUGAGGUCCUUGAACUCUAUUUUAGAGUAUUGUUGAGUGAUGAGAAGUGUCCAUUCUUUCUUUUUAGUUUGGGUUUUAUAGGGUUUGGGAGGUUUAGGUUGGUGGGGAAAGCUUUUCUAUUAUUGCCCCUUGUCUUACCUGUAAAGUGAAUUUUAAUAGCAAGAAAAUUGUUACUUAAGCUGUUGUUUUGCUAUGGGCAAAAGUAAUCUGGCAAUUGCUUUCA